ACUCAGAGGUGUGGACCCAUAUAGACACUCUCCAGUGUUAAUUUAACACUGGAGUUUUUGCUGUGUAUGAAAAGAUGAAAGGAUUCCUUCCUAAGACGGAAACUUGUAAAACUUUUCUUUGUGACAGUUUUUAGACAAGUGUGACUGUGCCUCCAUCUAUGAGAGUCAGAAGCCUGUCGACUAUAGUUUUAUUUAUGCGCUUUCAUUUGACUUGCUUAAUAUUUGCUGGUUUAAUCAAUGUCCUGUUUGGCAGCAUUGUGGUGGAACAGUAGAUUUUUGUUAUUUACCUGCUUGGAGGAUUUUCCUUUUUUCUAGAGUUCUGCUUAACUGCAUUUAAUAAAUGUGCGUUAUUGUGAGCUCAAUGACAGAAUUGUACACAGAAAUUACAACAGAGCUAUACAGUACUUACUGAUUGUCCAGGUUCACCGCUGUAAACACUUGUGGACUCAAGACUUUUUAAGUCUUGAGUAAAAAAAUUUAAAAAGAGACACAGUAGGUCUAGUGUGUGUGAGGACUUAUUGUCUUAUUGCAUUCUGCUAAAUGUACAGUAUGUCUUAGAAUAUAAAGGUUUCAGCCCUUUGUGACACCAAAGUGAAAAAACAGCUGAUGUCACAUUCUGACUGUAGACAAACAGUACCAAGUUUUAAGUGUAUGUCUAAUCUAUUCAGCUGACUUUGUUUCUUUGUUCUCAAAUCCCAGACUUUUCCAAGCUGCUAACAUUUUUUGGUGGCACAGUGUCUCAUUUCGCAUAUUAAUACACUUCUCUGUGGUUUGCUCGCAGAAACAGCAGAUUGGUGUAAACUAGAUGCACAAACUGUUUGUCAGCCCAUGUUUUAACUGUCACUUUGUGUGUCAAAGCUAGAUCAACUUGUGCCUCACAGAAAGACUGGCUCAGAGAUUGAACGCAGCUGUGCGAGUUGUUGCAGGUUCUGUUGUUUGCUCUGCAGGUGUGAGUCUAAAACCAUAAAAUAUACAUGUAUGCUAUUUUUUCUGUUUAUACAUAAGGAGAUACAGUGCACAUUAGAUGAAUACCACCCAAACUGUAAUCUCCUUAUUGCAAGUUAUCUUGAAAACUCCACUGCUGUGUGAAAUAUAAGUAUUUGGGACAAUACACUAUAUGUUUUAAAACAUAUGGACACAGAGGGUAAGAUAAAUUGCUGAUUCUCACAUUCAGGAUAGUGAGGAAGUGUUCAAAUGUCUGCAGGUCUCUAAACCUGUUACACCCUCAAGAUUAUGUAAAAGAGGUGUUGCAGCUUCUAUACACGGGAUAUAAAGGUGGAUAAAAUAUCUUCACAAUGAAGCUACAAAUUUACAAUCAAGCAUUUAUUUUUUCAUUCACUGAAUAUUGUUCUAAUUCAGAUUUGUAACUCGAUUUCGAAAAUAUAUUCAUCCCCAUCUUAACAACCUGUUCACAAUACUCAAAUUUGCACUUUCAGGUGUGAUUUUGACAGCAACUGUACACAAAACUUGUCUGCGGUCCUGCUGUACUGUUUCCACGCAGGAUGUUGUUCUGCUCUAAGUGAAAAGCUGAACAGGAUGAUAUAGAAGGACACAUAGGGCAGAUUUGUGUAUGGAGGGACAGAGUGUUCCUCGGUUUCAUUUCACUUCAGGCGACACUGGCCAACUUGUGAUCACCGACGACAGGGGAGCCGAGAAAUAAGUCAUGAUGUGGUGGGUUCCAGUGGCAGAAGCUUUCAUCUUUUGGCCGCACUUUUCAUGGCACCUCUCUCUUGCACACACACACACACACACACACACACAGAGAGAGAGAGAGAGCGAGAGAGAAACUCGCUAUACAUGCAAGUCCACUAGACACACACUUUGGGUGGAAAAAAUAAGAAGAAGAAGAAGAAGAAGAAAAAAAACUAGGACAUCAAAAGUCCCGAAGGCUUUGAGCUACGAUUUUUUUGCAUAAUCAGGAAAGAAACUGAAAGAGGGAGAGAAGAAGAUAGAGAGAAUGCUGUAAUUAAAUUAGUGCAUAAAGAAAACGAGGAGGAGAACAUGGGAAAAUACGGAUGAGCUCUAUCAGAACAGAACCAGGGUAGAAGCACCAGAGUGAGAACACUCCUGAUUAAAGUCGAUUAUUGAUAGGGCUUCUUAAUUUCCCCGCUCUCUUCUGCGGAGUAUUUAAAAACACGCGCACUGCCUACAGUUCAGCUGGUGUCAACAGGGAGGGGGGUCCCUUUGAGAUAGAGGGGGAGGAUAAGAAAAAGAGAGCGAGCAGGAGGGAGUGCAUGCAGACUGAAGUUCUGCCUCCCUCUUCCUCUUCCUCCUCUGCUCUUCCAUGAGGAGAGAAUUACCCAUCCAGUCUGGAACCGGUGUGGGGAAAAAUGCUUUUUCUUCAGGCUAUAUUGAAGAGAAGGCUGCUGCAAAAAGAUGAUGGACCAUAUGGGAAAACUAAGGAUAUCUCUGGACCAGAGCAUACCAUGGCCUCAAGAAGACACAGCAUACCUGAAGCUCUGCGGGGGGUGACUAUGGUGGAGCUGGUGAAGAAAGAAGGCAGCACACUGGGCCUCACCAUCUCAGGAGGAACUGAUAAGGAUGGAAAACCACGUGUAUCAAACUUACGACCUGGAGGACUGGCAGCCAGGAGUGACCAGUUAAAUGUUGGGGACUACAUCAAAUCCGUGAAUGGGAUCAAUCUGACCAAACUGCGGCACGAAGAGAUAAUCAGCUUAUUGAAAAAUGUAGGAGAGAGGGUUCUGCUGGAGGUGGAGUAUGAACUGCCCCCCACAGCACCAGACAGCACCUCAGGGGUUAUAUCAAAGACAAUUGACAUCUGUUUGCACAAAGAAGGGAACAGUUUUGGAUUCGUCAUGAGAGGCGGUACCCAUGAGGACUGGCACAAAUCACGCCCUUUAGUGGUCACCUAUGUCAGGCCAGGAGGCCCAGCAGACAGAGAAGGUACCCUGCGCCCUGGCGAUCGUCUCCUCAGUGUGGAUGGUGUGCCACUACACAACGCAAACCACAGUGAUGCUCUCAGUGUGUUGGCCCAAUGUGGCCAGGAAGCCCUGUUCCAAAUUGAGUACGAUGUAACUAUCAUCGACUCACUGGCAAAUGCAUCUGGUCCACUGUUAGUGGAAAUAGCCAAAUCUCCAGGAGCAACACUAGGCAUCACGCUGACUUCAGCCAAUCAUCAAAACAAACAGGUCAUUGUCAUCGACCGGGUUAAACCUGGCAGCGUGGUGGACAGAUGUGGAGCACUGCAUGCUGGGGAUCACCUGCUGUCUAUUGAUGGGACAUCAACAGAGCACUGUACGGUUCUGGAGGCAACACAAUUAAUAGCAAGCACAACAGAACUGGUUAAAUUAGAAAUUCUUCCCUCGCAUCAAACGAGGUUAACUGGAAAACAGCAUGACACGGUCAAGGUUCAGAAGUCGGACCAUCCCCACUCCUGGGACCCUUGUGUUAAUUACUGUCCCCCUCCAAACUCCACUCUCUGCAACACAAGUUCGACCCUCAAUAAAUCGUGGACAGCCUCUAACAACAACACAAUCAACAACCUUGACUACUGCAAGUCUCUUGUAUCAGCCAGUUUCUCUCCUGCCUCUACAACCACUUCUGGCCCCAGCAGCCAGAGCUCGAGCACGUUACCCAGGCCCACUGUUCCCAUGAGUCCCCGUAAUUCACUGCUUAAACGGCGGCAGAGAAAGAAAGAGCAUAAGAGCUCCUUGUCCCUGGCCUCCAGUUCGGUGGGUCCAGGUGGUCAGGUGGUUCAUGUAGAGACCAGUGAGGUUGUCUUAACAGGUGACCCACUGAACGGCUUUGGUGUACAACUACAGGGAGGAAUAUUUGCCACCGAAACGCUGUCAGCACCACCACUUAUUCGAUUCAUAGAGCCUGACAGCUCUGCAGAGAGGUGUGGCCUGCUGCAGGUAGGAGACCGUCUUCUGUCGAUCAAUGGAAUCCCCACAGAAGACGGAACACUCGAGGAAGCCAAUCAGCUCCUCCGAGAUGCUGCAUUGACCAAUAAGGUCACACUGGAAAUAGAGUUUGAUGUAGCAGAAUCAGUGGUGCCAAGCAGUGGUACUUUCCACGUCAAACUGCCGAAGAAAAGAGGAGUGGAACUGGGGCUCACCAUCAGUGCCAGUAAGAAGCCAGGGGAGCCUCUUAUCAUUUCUGACAUCAAGAAGGGGAGCAUGGCUCACAGAACAGGAACACUGGAGCCUGGAGAUAAGCUGCUGGCUAUUGACAACAUCAGACUUGAAAACUGUUCCAAAGAUGACGCGGAGCAGAUCCUCCAGCAGUGUGAGGAACUCGUCAAAUUAAAAAUACGUAAAGAUGAAGACAACUCAGAUGAGCAGGAGACAUCAGGCAGCAUCAUAUACACAGUGGAACUGAAGCGGUACGGAGGCCCUCUGGGUAUCACCAUCUCUGGCACUGAGGAGCCUUUUGACCCCAUCACUAUAUCAGGCCUAACUAAGAGAGGCCUUGCAGAAAGGACAGGGGCUAUACAUGUAGGUGAUCGGAUCUUGGCUAUCAACAGUGUCAGCCUGAAAGGGAAGCCGCUGAGCGAAGCCAUCCACUUGCUGCAGAUGGCUGGAGAGACGGUCACUCUCAAAAUAAAAAAACAGCUUGACAACAUAGAAGACAGGAAGACAGCAGAUGUAGAGGACACAACAGAAAACGAGAUCAGUGACCCUGAGGAGGACGAUUUGACAGACAGCCAACAAACCAACAAGCUAUCAGAGCUCUACUCCACAACAAUACCCAGCGUUGACUCUGCUAUGGAGUCAUGGGAUGGCUCAGGGCUGGAUGCAGGCUAUGGGAGCCAGGGUACAUACACCCAUCAAGCAGCUGGUAUCGCUCUACACCCGCAUGAGUGGCGUAGUGCCAAGCAGCAACGAAGUACCACGCCUCCUCCUGGACGUCGGAAGAACUACCCGUUUAGUGACGGAGGCUUCAGUGAGGAUGACUGGGACAAACCACCAGGAUUUAUUGGCCAGCAACCGGAUGGCAUUCUAUUGGAUCCAGAAGACAGUUUCUGGUGUCAAGCUCUGGAGGACCUGGAGACCUGUGGCCAGUCAGAACUACUAAGAGAAAUAGAGGCAUCCAUCAUGACAGGCACAGCCAUCAGUCUUGGUGUAGAUGGUGUCAACAAGCCUCCAUCUGAGCCCAUACUGACCCACAGCAGGAUGAGCCCAUUGCGGCGAAAUUCUCUCCUGCAUCAAGGCAACUUGCACCACCAAGGAACACACCUCCAUCAGGGUGCCCAUCUUCACGAGGAAGCCCACCUUCAUGAAGAGGCUCAACUUCACCAAGACCCCCAUCUACACGAGGAGGCCCAUUUCAACCAGGAAUUGCACCUACAACAAGGGGUUCACAUUCACCAAGAUAUCCAAUCCCCUCUCCUGCACCACGAGCCCAAGUCAAAGGCCUCACUGAGAGUAUCAGAGAGGACAUGGGAGUCCCGUCGGAUCAAAGAAGAGAUGCAGGGUAUUCUGUCACCAACACCACUAGAGCUUCACAAAGUAACAGUGAUAAAGGACCCAGAGAGUGAUGACUUUGGCUUUAGCGUGUCAGAUGGUUUCUUGGAAAAAGGUGUUUAUGUCAACAUGAUCAGACCUGAUGGCCCUGCUGACAGAGCCGGGCUUAGACCCUAUGACAGGAUCCUGCAGGUGAACCAUGUAAGGACGAGAGACUUUGACUGUUGUCUGGCCGUACCUCUCAUCACAGAAGCAGGAGACAGACUUGAACUGGUCAUCAGCCGCAACCCACUUGCCAAUGAUGACCCAGAGGACAAUAACAACACUUUAGACCACGCACUUGACCUGUAACACAAAUACAUACACGUGCACAAAACAUACAGAAGACAUAUUGUAACUGGUGAUGAAGCAUAAACUUAUACAUAGUGGAACUGGCCCAAAAACGCAGACACACACUCACUCACACACACACUCCACCGGCUUGCAGUAUAUCUGUUUAAAUACAGAGACUCCUACUGGAACACACAUCCUAACACGUGCAUGCUCACAUAGUCUCCCCAUCCCAUUUACACUGGGUUGAACUGCUUUUACACAGUACGGUCUGUAUGAAAGCAUCACCACAAUACAGAAAAACACACCAAAAGCUCUCCCGAUAACUGGCUGGACUCACAGUGUUGUUUCGAUUUCAACAAUGACUUACUCGGCACUUUAAAUAGCCAUUUUUACUCAUUUUAACCUGCAAUACGGGUAAGAUUAUUUCAGUUUUUAUUGCAAGGCCAUAUGCUCCCAUGAACCUACAGUACUUGCACCUGAGAGAUCUGCCUUAUACAAUAUUGUAAAUGAUUUUACCGGAGAAAAAUUCUCAGUUUCGGGUUUCCAUUUGUUUCACAGAAGGUUACUAACAGAAAACGGAACAAACAGUUCAUAAUGGGAGUGUGUCUAUAAUAAAUGUAGCCAUUUUAGAAUUUCAUAAUGCUGCUAGGAUUCUGCUCAAACACUGCUGCUCACUUGACAUUACCAAGAAAAAAACAAAAUUCUGGAGUGGUCAAGUAUAGCUCUUUUUUUUCAAGGCAGACUUCUCUAUUGGAUCUUGCUGCACAUUAUAAUGUCACUUUGGUGACAUCACAACGCUGAUUUAUGAAGAUGUCAUCAGUGAUGCCAUCACAACUGCCAAACUGUUAUUUUGUUUCAUGCUAUCAUAAAAUGAAAGUGAAAGGAGGGAAGGGCGUAAUUUCUGCUCCCAUUGAAAAAUGGUGUCUUAAGUGGAAUUGACCAAUUACGGCUUUUGCUACACCAUAAAUGAGCAUGAGUGGCUGUGCCCCAGAACAAACUGUACUGCCAAACGAAGAACACCUGCAUUUGAAAUGUGCCAAAUGUUAUGACAUUAUCCACUAUAUCAAUAGUUGUCUGAGAUCACUGGGUUCACCUCAUCAUAUUUCAUUGCAAGACUACAAUGUCAAGCAACAGUAGCAUUUCAAAUUCAUUUCAAAUCGCAAAAUUAUUAGAUUUGAGGCUCAGUUUGAUUUAAUGUAACAUCUGUUUGUCUUUAUUGGCAUAUUUGUGUAAGGAUGUGUGCCGCAGAAUAAAUUAACUAGCAGCUAGUUUAAUUUUAAGAUGUUAAGUCUGAUUUAUAUAAUCCAACAACAAAAGGAUCAUUUCACUUACCAGCGACCUCAAAACUAAUAUAUACUGUGAGCCACUGGGACCAUUCUUGGAGAAGAAUGCCUAAGCAGUGAAUAAAGCUGUUCCCAAUAGCAGGCAGUGUCAACACAAUGACAAGUGUGAUUUAGGAGGAUCUAUAGGAAUUAAAAUACGCAUAAUUUUCCAUUGGAGUAUCACUUAUAAGUAUGAAUCAUCGUGUUUUCAUUUGUCCAGCAUGAGAUCAGCAUUUAUGGUUGUGGGCCUUCUGCAGUAAUGCCCGAGUGUCAUGCCGCCAUAUUUUACAGAAGAGAGAAGACACAGUUGUUCCCGAUAUGUUCCAGAACUGGAAUAUUACCAAACUGGAAUAUUUGAUAAUAUUCUAUUUUUUGUUUUCUUUUUUAUUAUAUAAUCUGUAUUUCUUCUACACAUCUAAUAAGGAAGUGGUAUACAGUUGCUUGUUGCUUGCUUGUGAUCACCACUAAACCCUAUGUGGUCCUUGAGGAAGAUUCAAUUAUUGAAGAGUCUCAUUGUCAUGGAUCAUUUAUGCUGUUGUAUUAAGGCAGUGGGAACAACAAGCAACAAGUCAUAAAGAAGUAACAUUCUCUUUGUUGUGGCUUUUAAUUUAACAGCCUUUUGAACUAUUCAAAUAAUAGCUAUAGAGCACUACUGCUGUUUGGAUUUAUUGGUAACACUCACCCUUUUGCACAAAGAUUAUGAACAAAGUCAAUAGCAUCAUCUGCUAUCAGACCUACUACACUAGGUUGCUGGUGAAGCCAGACUAUGGACAAGUUUCCGACACACACAUUCUUACACAAAAGGCUCUGAUAACAAAGGAAAUGAAACCGUACAGUGUGUGUUAUGCAUUUAUUAUCAAGCCAUUUUGUUGUGUCUUUCAUGAAUGUCUGUUUAUGAUGUGUAAUUUAUAUGUGAGUGUAUCAGCAGGUUCUAUUCCAAGGUGCAAUUGGAAAUUUCCAGAGUUCGGCCUGAGUUAAACUGAGCCACUAUCCUUUAAUGGUCAGCACCCUUUGAAGCACUGUGAGCAUUCCUGACUACUUGUGUGUGCUCAUUUGCAAUUUCACCAUGGAUCCAAGAUUGAACUAAGAACAAACAUUAGUUUGAACAGAGUGUGUGCCAAAUGUUAUGUCAAGGAUUGAGAGCUGGUUUUCCCACUAUUAACCUUCACCACAACAUUAAGUGUUGUGGUUUCCUUGACUGACAGCUCAUUAGUGCAAGAUUCUAAUCAGUUCACAUAAUGCUGACUAUUGGGAAAAUAGUAAACCUUUCUCUUCUUCCUAAAGCCUCCCCUGCUAACUUUUGAUUAGCAACCUUGUCACAUCUUACAGAUCCCUUCUUGAACUAAACCUGAUCUUAGUUGUGCGAUAGUUUUAAAGCCCUAAGUAUAUUUCUACUUCUACUGCUAAGGGAAGGUUAAUUUCUAAUUCAAGAGACAGCCAACUAGAACCUUACACCUGCAAUGUGGUUAGACACACAAUCUGUAUUUUUACACCACUGACACCUCAUUAAUGAAUGAGACUACAGUGUCCAAGGCCAAAGGCAGUACAUCAGGUCAGAAGCACAACAAGUAGCAUUUUUUUUAGUUUGGAGUGGUGCACCAUUAAUAUUUAACAGAGCUAGUCCUAGCUGUAGCAUCAUCUUGUACAGCUGCAAUUUAUUUAUUAAUUUGAUUUAUUCUUCUUUGUGUCAACAUAAGCUGUGACUCAUCAGCCAUCAUACUAACCUGUUUUGGGUUUGACUUUCCCAAAAACUAAAUUUCAGGGUGCUUGAUUUUAUAAUCAAGGGCACUGUGCAUCCGACUAACAAUAGUCAUAAUGCUCAAAGUAGCUGGAGCACUGAAAUACCCUUCACACAGAAACUUUAGAACUUACAAGUCUUCAAGUUUCAAGUUUUGCAACCCCAGACAUUCCAUUUCCUUCAGACCCCUAAUUUCUCAUGAUUUUUUCUUAUUCCUGCCAAAAAUGUGUUUGCUCCAAUUGUCUUUGGAUUAACUGAAAUUGGGCUGGCUCUUGUUCCCUCCUACUGAUCUUGGCAGUUUAUGAAUGUGCUGUGCAAAAGUAGGUGCUUAAAUUCUACAAAGUAGCAGUUAACUUAAAUAAAUUGCAGUAAACAGAAUAAAACUAAAAUCAAUCUCUGGUUUUGCUACCAUUUUCCACCAAAACAGCACCAAUCUUUUACACUUUAAGCUAACUGGCAUCAUCCAAAUAUUUCUAAGAACUUACCACAGUUCACUUCUUUGUCUUCUUUAAUCCUAUUGAUAGACAUGAUGAAGCCAUACAAUUUCAAAGAAACUGCUCAUCUAUGUAUGGGUUGCUCUUAGUUAACAUUUAAAUACUUUACUGCAGUAUUUUAUAAAUGCGCAAGUUGCAAGAUAAAGGUUUUGUCCUUUUUGAGGAAAAAAACAAAUCUAAACAUCCUUUGCACACUUGUGUGUGUACACAUAUUAGCAUGAAUUAUGGUGAACAAAACUAUAUGGAGUAUAUGAUGGAUACAUCAUCAGUAUAAGGAUAUUAUUAUAAGUGAGUAAUAGAACAGCAUUUUUUUUCGACAAGACUGACAAAAAAAACUAAACUUUGAGAGAGUCACAACCCCUGUUCCUACCAUUUUCUUAUGUUGUUAUGUAACAGAAUUCAGCGGCACCCUAUAAGAAUUUCCAUGUCUGUAUGGGUGUGAAUAACAAAACAUAUACAGAAGACUUCUAUUUGUCAACGUUUCUCUGUCUAAUACAUGUAUGUGCAAAAAAUGUCCACUACUUCUGGGCAUACACUGUUUCAGAGGUGUGUGUGUGUUUGUGUGUAUGUGUCUGUGUGUGUGUGUAAACUAAUUUGUGUACAUUUCAUUGUACAGUAGUGAGGUUUUAAAGGAUUGUGGGCCUUUAUAUUUUUAUUUCCAAAAACCGGAAAAGGCUUAAAAUAGUGUAAACUCAACACACAUACAAAAAAGGGACAUUUACUUCUCUCCAAGCACUUACUGCUGAAUAUAAAGCACACUGUUGAAUACCAUGCACUGUAAGUAUUUUCAUGUACAAUGGAACAAACUUUUGUAAAGCAACAAAAAAUGAAAAUGCUGAGAAAAGCCUUCUGAAUAGUUUUUUUGUUUGUUUGUUUUUUUCUUUUAUGUAUGUAUGUGGCCAUGUAUACUCCCUAUGCAUUUUUGGGUCAAAUGUCAGUUUAAAGCCCAAUCCAGAACCGUAACAACUGUUCCGCACGGAUAUGUUUAUAAUACAAAAAAUGUUAUUUAAUUCCCUGUGCUUUUUCGAUUUUGGGGAAAAUAAAAAUGUUCAUGUGAAGAUUUAAUGGUAAUGUACCACAUUUUAUUAGACUAGCUUGUUGGCAUUACUCCCCUGAACCCAUUAAGCGAUUUCAGUACAUUAGAUAAGUUAUUACAUAAUCCACCAUAUAUUACAUCAUCAGCUAAAGUAAAGCCCUUUCACAAGCCCACGCCUGCUCAGUCACUCACAAAUAUACCAUGUAAACAUGGUUAAUCUUGUCGUACAGCUUAAGUAAAGGGUGAUUCACCUUCUGACCAGAGGAUGCUAGUUCAUGGCUAUUGAGCAGUAAGGAAAGCCAAACUAGGUAAAUGUUACUGGGUAAUUACUUUAUGCUUCUAUAACAAGUUCCUGUAGGGGAGAGAGCACAUGUUGCGUUUUCUACCGCACGAGUUGUCAAUGUGCAACGUAAGCCAGUCAUGUACUCAUGAUUUUGGUUGGGAGACUACAGUCAAAUAUUUGUGUUACAUUACACCUUUCUAUUAGCUGUGUCUGUGGCCAGGACAAUCUUUUGGCUCUUUAUUUUUAUUUUUGGUGUGCAUUUUGUUUUGUUUUUUAACAUGCAGUGUCUAAAUUGGAGAGCCUCAGCUGCAGCAAACUGUGGGUAGCAAAACAUUCAAUGGCUACAAGGAAACUACAUUAUCUUGUCACCUCUUGUCAACUCAACAAAUCAGAAAAUUACCAGUAACAGAUAAAUAAUGUUAGCUGAACACUAGCAAGUUGUUACAGCUAGCAAACUAUAGCACCUACCAAUCUGACCAUUAGUUAUACAUAAAUAACAAAUACAAUUGUGACAGCAAAACUACCCAAACCAGUGUAUUAGCUAUUUAUAGCCAUUUUAUUCACAACUUGCCACAAUAAGUGAGCCGCAACAAAUCUACUUAAACUAACCAGCUAUAAGUAGGCUUGUUGCUGAGAACUAUACAAUGAGUCAAUAAGAUGUCUUGUUAGCUUACUGGCCUGUUUAAUGACAGUUGUUGAUGAGCUAACUUAAAUUUCUUCUCCGAUAUCUAGCCAGUUAACCUAUUUAGCUCAAUGAUAAACACAAACAUUGACUUCUUCGUUGCAGUCAGCGUAAUUAUGACUUGAAACUGAGAAAAUGAUGUCAUGCUGCACAUUUCAAAAGUAAGAAAUGUCAGUGUCUCCAGUCUUUGUUCCUAUUUUUUUUUUAUUAAUGUGUUUAUUUUUUUAAUUAUGUUUCAUGCUUUAUUUUUUAAAGAUAUUUUGAUUUGUUCUUUUGCCUAAUAUGUGUUUGGAUGUCAAAGUUGCUACGGUUCUGGACUGGGCUAUUAAUAAUGUACGCAUUGAUAUUGUGUAUUUUUUUUUCUAUUCUAUGUAAUAUAGUAUUUUUCUAUGACAGUAUGCUCUUCCAAAACAUAGGAAGAAAAUACAAAAUGAAAAAUAAAACGUAUAACUUUGUUGUUGUCAUUUUGAUUUGUUUGUUUGUUUGUUUGUUUGUUUGUUUGUUUCAUUUUCUAAGAAACAAAGAGUGUACUGCUAUACUUCUCUUUUUGAGAAAAGAAAAGAUUGCAAAGAAAAAAAAUAAAAUGUCUAAUUUUAUGUUGGAUGUGUGGAUUGUGUUUAUUUUGGUAAAUCUUUGUGACCAAUGGAAAACAAUGGACAUUCAUAAGAGAUUAUCUUUGGUCAGGAUAAGCUCCUUAAAUCAAACCUUUAUAUCCAAAAAUUUUCUAUCCAGGGAAUUUGAACAAGACCUCAUUUUACAACUAAAGAGAUCAGGUUUAAUUUUGGUUCUUCACCCCAAAGCAAACUUGCAGUGGAGGUAAUGCUUCCUAGAGAAGCACAAAAUGGAGCAGAGUAAUCACAUUUCUACCACCUACACUGGGGGUGCUCAGGCUGGGGACUCAGUCGUCCUACUGGGAGACAGAAAUUUGAAAUAAAUUUGCAAGCAUUUCAAGCAUAAGUGUUUCACUUCACAUCUUUAUGGGGGUAUUGUGUGUAGAAUCUUGAGAUGAAAAAUUAAUUUAAUCCACAAUGUAAUAAGGCUGUAACAUGACAAAAUGUGAAAUAAGUAAACGUCCCCCAAUGUGAAACUGGACGGCCUUUCAUGAUACUCUAUGUUUUACUGUUUUUCUGAGCACAUAAUCCUGUGUUAUUAGAUCCCUUAUCUAAGAGAUUGAAUUAAUGGUUAUACUGCCCAACAUAAUGGACUUGAUCCUGGAGGUAGACCACCCUAUACGAUUUAUAUGCCUUCAUCAGUUCGAUUACAGGUAAUUCAUUGGGCUCACACUACUAAGUUCACUUGUUAUCCCAGGUGUAACCACACACUUACUUUCCUCUGGACAUUUUUUUAGUGGACAGGCCUAGUCAGGGAUGUGUAACAACAUGUGUCUGUCCCUACUCUGUUUGUGCUUAAAACACAGACUUUCCGUUGUCUAUCAGCUCAUUUACAUAGAUCCUUAGCUGGACAUCCAUGGUCCCAAAUUGUAUUGGAUUUUUAUCACCUAUCUGUAACCAUGAACAGGUAACACAACCAUCCCAACUUUAAUCAAUUGUUUUUCCAGGGCUUUUCAUUUUAUAGCCCUUCCCAAGCUGCCUUCAGCCUUAUGCUCAGUCUCCAUGGCAUUCCACUGGACGUUGUCUGACCAGGGUACACAAUUCACCUCAAUUCACCUCCAGCUUCUGCUUCUCUUCUAUCUCCAGACUUAAACAAAAACUGAAAGGACCAAUUAGGAGUUGGAGGCAACCCACAAUAUACUGUUUCAUCUAAUUAAACAACCUGGAGCUCAAAACUGUCUUGGGUGGAAUACACCCAUAAUUCCAUGAUCUUCAUGGCACCUAUCAUUAAUCCUAUGAUUGUACAUCUAAAACGGCCCAGAAACCCGAUGAUUCAAAACUCAUUUGAUGUUUCCCAGCUAGAAAUAUUUUGUUCCAGUCCUGUGGGAGACCCUUCCUGUUUCCUCUCUGUUUUUAACUGUUUUUGAAUCUGUUUUGUCCUGAACUUACGUCACUCUCUUCUGUACAGAUGCUUUUUGCCCUUAGUUUCUAAAAGAGACAUUGAUGAUGAGACAGCUGUGGAGCUUAGUGUUUGAAGAAAUCACCUGCCUGCCCCUGUCACUGACCCCACUCUAGAAUCUCACAGUUUCAACCUGUAAAACUUUUUGAUUUCAAUA